AUGGCCAUUAAAAUUGAUAUGAACAAAGCUUACGAUUGUCUCGAAUGGUCCUUUCUUCUUCGUGUGCUGAAAGCUAAUGGUUUCAGUGGCAAAGUAUGUAAUUUAAUCAUGCAAUUUGUAACCAUGGUCAGUUACUCUAUUCUUCUCAAUGGCGCUCUAUUGGCUCCCUUCGAUCCCAAACGUGGUUUAAGGCAAGGUGACCUACUGUCCCCGUUCUUAUUUAUCUUAUGCAAUGAAGUUUUGUCAAAACUUGUUCAGAAGAGAAUAAAGAGAUCACAGGGAUUCGAUGAUUCGAUAAUCUUUUGUCAUGCUACAGUAAAGAAUGCAGAAAACCUUAUGCAGUGCAUUCAAAAAUAUGAGAAAUGGUCAGGCCAAUGUGUGAGCGAACCGAAAAGCGGGGUGGUGUUCUCUCCAAAUACAAGCCAAAGGACUCGGGACGAUAUCAAGUCAAUUGUUGGCAUGAACCCCAUUAAAGCUACUGAAAAGUACCUGGGCAAUCCAUUCUUUUUCACAGCUAAAAAAAGAGAUGACUAUCUUUUUUCGAAGGAAAAAAUUAUGACAAGAUUAGAGGGGUGGAAAGCAAAACUUCUUUCACAAGCUGGGAGAAAACCCUUAAUUGGGUCUGUCCUCCAAAGAAUUCCUAAUUACUUCAUGUCAACUACUCAAGUCCCUAGUACUCUUUGUGGACAACUUGAUCGACUACUUGCUAGAUUCUGGUGGGUGGGAAAUGCUGAUAAAAGACACUACUGCGCAUUAAAAUGCUGGGACAAGAUAUGCCAACCCAAGAGAUGUGGAGGCCUUGGUUUUCGGAGGUUUAAAGAUAUGAAUAUGGCUCUUCUUUCUAAGUUGAGUUGGAUGGUUCUUCAGGGACAAGACAAGGUGUGGGUGAAACUACUUUUGGAUAAACACUGUUCUAAGGUAGAUGUUUGGCAGAUAGAAAAGCAUGGCACCGACUCUAGAUGCUGGAAAAGUUUGCUUGAAGCUAGAAGUAUUUGCGUGAAAGGUGCUGGUAUCUUGAUUGCUGAUGGUUCGAGUGAUAUUUGGGAUAGACCUUGGAUCCCUUGCCGUAACUCGGAAGAGAUAAAAGAUAGAUUUCAGUUCAUACAUAAUCAAGCUCUUUGGAAGGUUAAAGAUCUAUUUCUUGAUGGAACUCGUGAAUGGAAUGCAGCUUUGAUCAAGGAGUGUUUUGAAGAAGAUAUUACAAGUGAUAUCCUGAAGAUAAGACUGCUGCAAGAAAGUCCUGAUAUUAUUUUUUGGAAUGCAGCAAAGUCGGGUAAAUUUUCAGUAAAGAAUGCAACUGGAGUUCUCCAUGGUGUCACUCUCACUUGUGGUUUCUACAAUGUGGAAGUAGAGUCCACAUUCCAUCUGUUUUGUCAAUGCUCUUUCACUAGAGGCUUAUGGUUUAGAAAAGGAAUUCGGUUAGACAGCUUUGUUUGGAAUAAUCUACUGGAUUUUGGUUUGUGGUGGUGUACCAUUCAGGACCCUGAGAUCCAACUUUUCACAACGUGCAUUUGCGAAAUGAUUUGGAAAUGGCACAAUACUGCUCUGUUUACAGAUAAACAAUGCUCUAUGGAUGCAUGUGUCAAAGUGGAUGCCUCAGUUGUGGGGACUGAAGUAGGCUUCGCUACAAUCCAUCAGCAGGAUUUGUUAGCUGAUUCUUGGAUCUCAGUUGGUUUUUCUCAUGUUAAGGAUAUCCUUGAAGGGGAAUUGUGCAGAAUAGCCUGUGCUCUACAUCUAGCCUUGAAAAAGAAGAUAACAAAGGUUCGGAUUGAGACUGAUUCGAAGACUGUGUCUUAG